AUGGCUCCGGGUCUUUUAUCUGACGCGAACGGGCAUGGCCAUCCCUCAGCUCCUGCCAGUCCGGUUGAAAGCACCAAUGGCUGGCACUCUCCUCGUAUGAGAAAUGGAUCUCAAUCUGCAGCCUCUGCCUUUAGUCUGCCUACGCCAGACUCAAGUGAAAUCCACGACCUGGUCUGUGUGGGCUUUGGGCCAGCCUCACUAGCGAUAGCUGUCGCACUCCACGACUUCUUGCAACUUCAAAAGGAAUCUGCAAGCCACAGCGCGAGCCCCAAAGUACGCUUCCUAGAACGACAAGGCGGAUUCAAAUGGCAUGCCGGAAUGCUUCUCCCCGGCGCAAAGAUGCAAAUCUCGUUCAUCAAGGAUCUUGCCACGCUUCGGGACCCGACAAGUCAUUUCACGUUCCUCAACUAUUUGAAGAAGCACAAUCGGCUUGUUCAGUUUUCAAACCUUGGGACCUUUUUGCCAUCUCGGCUAGAGUUCGAUGACUAUCUUCAGUGGGCAGCCAGUCACUUUGAAAACGUGGUCGAAUAUAGCCAAGAGGUCGACUCGAUCCUCCCUCACAAACAGGAAGGAGCACAGAAGUACGAUUGCUUCGAGAUCGUGUCGCGAAAUCUUUCCACAGGGACAACCUUGCGGCUUCUCAGUCGUAACGUCGUGAUAGCAGCGGGCGGCCGACCAGCAAAGCCAGCCGUAUUCCCACCGUACCACGAGCGCAUCCUGCACUCAUCUGAGUAUAACACCAGGAUCGAGCGUCUUCUGUCGGACAAGAACGGAGCGUAUCAUGUCGCCGUUGUGGGUGGUGGCCAGAGUGCUGCCGAGGUGUUCAGCAAUCUUCAUUCCCGCUAUCCCAACGCGACGACAAAGCUGAUCUUCCGCGAUUCAUCACUGCGACCCAGCGAUGACUCGCCAUUUGUUAACGAGGUCUUCAACCCGGAAGCUGUCGACGCCUUUUAUGAGCAGCCCGAAAAUGUCAGGUCCGCGAAUCUGAAGAAGAACAAGGCCACAAACUACAGUGUUGUAAGGCUUGAGUUGCUCGAGAAGUUGUAUGACGAGCUCUACCUGCAGAGCAUCAAACAGCCAGAUAAGUCUCGCUGGCAGCACCAGAUCCUGCCCCUUCGAGAGAUUUCAGACGUGGUCGACAACGGACCGAAUGAGAGGGUGGAUCUGGUGUUGAGAAAUACAGAUCCGUUGAGACAGGAUCGAAGGGAAGUAUGGUCGUUUGAUGCGGUGAUCGUGGCGACCGGAUACCGACGGGACGCCCACGUCGAGAUGCUGAAAGACUGUCAAAGUAUCAACGCGAAUCCUGCCGGGCGUUGGCAAGCCGGGCGUGAUUAUGGGCUGAAGCUUGAUCGGGGGACUGUUGAGGAUGCCACGGGGAUCUGGCUGCAAGGGUGUAAUGAAGAAACACACGGGUUGUCCGAUACCUUGCUCUCAAUAUUGUCUACUCGAAGCGGCGAGUUGGUGGAUUCUAUUUUUGGGCAGCAUUGA